UUUUUUCAUUCAUUUCUCAACAUGGCCGUCAGUGCUUUAUCUAAAUACGGAUUGUAAGAUUCGUCCGUGAGUUUAGGAGUGUUUCAUUGAUUAUAAUAUAAUUUUAAUGACUUAAUUGAUAAAGUGUUGCGGCAUGUUUCCUCUAACGCCGCCAGUUGUGAAGCGACUGUUAGGGUGGAAAAAGGGUCCCGAAGGGUCGUCUGUUGCUGAAGAUAAGUGGUCUGAGAAGGCUGUCAAGAGCUUAGUUAAGAAAUUGAAGAAAAGUGGAGCCCUAGAGGAACUGGAAAAAGCAAUUUCCAGCCAAAAUAGUCAUACUAAAUGUGUUACAAUACCCAGAGUGAAGCCAAAUGAAAAUAUUAUAAACGGCCAGAAUCGCAAGGGGUUGCCGCAUGUUGUCUACUGUCGGCUGUGGCGGUGGCCGCAGCUCCAGAGCCAGCAUGAGCUAAAGCCCGUGGACCACUGCGAGUUCGCGUACCAGCUUAAGAAAGACGAAGUGUGCAUCAACCCUUACCACUACCAUAAGAUUGACUCGCCUGCCCUGCCGCCCAUCCUCGUGCCGCGCUGCGAGGGCGAGGCGCGCGCGCCGCCGCCGCCGCCCUACUCGCACUACAUCCGCGAGCCCGAGCCGGAGAUGCAAACGGGUGGUGUCGUAGGCGUCGGCGCGCUGACACACAGCGCCAUGUAUCUCGAGGCCACGCUGGGGCAGCAAGUGCCCUCUAACACCACAGUGCACGUGAGCGCGGCCACCGUGGAGACUCCGCCCCCGGGCUACAUGAGUGAGGACAACGACCCGAUGGACCACAACGACAACAUGAAUCUGGCGCCCCUCACGCCGCCCCCCGGCGGCCCUGAAGCCGCCCCCGUGCUCUACCACGAACCCGCUUUCUGGUGCAGCAUCAGCUACUACGAGCUCAACACCCGUGUCGGCGAGACCUUCCACGCCAGCCAGCCCUCCAUCACAGUGGACGGGUUCACCGACCCCAGCAACAGCGAGAGGUUCUGCCUGGGCCUGCUGUCCAACGUGAACCGCAACGAGGUGGUGGAGCAGACCCGGCGGCACAUCGGCAAGGGCGUGCGGCUCUAUUACAUUGGCGGUGAAGUGUUCGCCGAGUGUCUGAGCGACUCCUCGAUAUUUGUGCAGAGCCCCAAUUGCAACCAGCGCUACGGCUGGCACCCCGCCACCGUCUGCAAGAUUCCCCCGGGCUGUAACCUGAAGAUCUUCAACAACCAAGAGUUUGCCGCAUUGCUGUCAGCCUCCGUGCCGCAGGGCUUCGAGGCCGUGUUCCAGCUGACGCGCAUGUGCACCAUCCGCAUGAGCUUCGUCAAGGGCUGGGGCGCCGAGUACAGACGGCAGACGGUGACAUCGACGCCAUGUUGGAUCGAGCUGCACCUGAACGGGCCGCUGCAGUGGCUGGACCGCGUGCUCACACAGAUGGGCUCCCCGCGCCUCCCCUGCUCCUCCAUGUCCUAGAGUCUCACACAACAUAGGAAGCACCGAAAUAAAUAAACCUAAGCGUAGCUCAAACCUAAUUCAAAUACCUCUGUCAUGAGUCUUAGUAACUAAAGUAAGGACAUUGCUACACUUUUAUAUAGCUCUGUGCUAUGUUAGGACACACACUAGGACUACAAUUAAAUGGACGAACCAACUUUUAGACCCACACUUUUCACGUCUCUGGCGUUAUCAAAGAUGUCUCUAGAGUUACCAAGAAGUCACCUUUCCAAUUUAAUAUUUGUCUAAAUUUUAGGUCUGUCAGAUAGCGAAUCGCUUGUUAAAAAUAAUAUAUUAUUUAUAAGCGAAAUUUGCGAUUGAAGUUUCAAUGUCGUGGACAGAUUAGUGUUGGUCUGAAAGUUGAUUCGUCCAAAUCCUAAAAGCAAGUAUUCUAUAGAGAUGACAAGGUAAUAAUACCAAGUCCCAACGGGAUGGUCUUAUGUCUUAUGGGACUUUCAAUAGGAGGAGCAGAGAAAGCGCUAUAGUUCUUGUCAUAGUUUCACUUCUCAUUUUUGAUACUACUAAAAAGUCCCUAAGUGCCACGUCAAAAUGGCGGACGUCUUAUUACCCACCAAAACUUGGUGGGCAACAAUGAACUUGACUAAAUUAAGUAGGUUGUAUUUGGUAUGUUGUCAGCAAUGUUGAAACUUGUUUUUAUGUAUGUGGCAACUCUAUAUUAUACUUGUUAUUAGGUUAAAUCCUAUAUUUUAAUUAAACUAGAUGUUUUGCCUGUGAAGAACCCGGCUUGCGAGUCCAUUUCUAAGGCCCCGUGCCCAAAACGGGGCCUUAAUAUAUUGUAUAAAGCACACCACUAUAUCGUGUAUUUAAGGACACAAUAAUGUAUAGUUUUAUAUCGGUUCCCUACCUUUAGAUGGUAUAUUUUUACACCGCAUAUUACUAGUACACUAGCGAGCAAAAUAAAGUUUUUCUUACUUAUUUGAUUCACUCGUUCGUUUUGCAACCGGCUCCUGGUCUAUAUUAUGUGAUAUUGUUAAGUUUAAUGUUGCAGUAAAUUGAACGUGAUACACUUUUAUACAUAGCUUUAGAUGUAAUUAUGCUCGGUAGUGUACGAACAGUGUAUACUUUCUAGUCUAACGAACAAUGAUACAAAGUUAUUUUGUACAUUUAUUAUAAUUAUAGACAUGAAAUUGUGAAUUUUUAAUAGCUUACACGCUCCCCUUUUUUUACUCGUUUUGACGUAGAAUUAUAGACAUAUAUCUGUUUUAUUAAGAUUUUUAAAUAUUGACACAUUUUUUUAACAGUUUUGACCAGUUAAAAUUAUCGAUCGAUUAUUAAAAAUCGUCAACAAGCUGAAAGCUUUCUUCAAAAUAAAAAAAAAAUGUGAUUAACAGAACAUCAGAUGUUUAAAAUUCUUUCGUAACCUUUAACCCUUUUCCAGGCCGCACCUAUCUACAGCAUUUUCCCAAAAAAUCUAAACAUAUUCCAAUUAAUCCAGCUUUGAUGAUUCAUUUCUCAAAAGUGCAAUAUAAUUUGAACCUUAAAUCAUAAUGCUUCAGUUGAAAUUCUAUUGGCGCGUAUGUGGUCGAUAAACAGUACUAUGCCUGGAAAAGAGUUAAACGUUAAAUGUUUUGUAUAACAUACAGAGUAUGUUUUUGAGAGGAAAUAUACGUAUAUGAUAUCUAUGUAAGAGUAAAGUUAUGAGAAGAUUAUUUUAUUAUCUGGUGUUGCUUUUAUUUGUCGAAUCAUGCUUUGACUCGAAUUUUUGUAAAUCAGGUUGACAAGGGAUUGACAAGUUUGUAUGUUCGUAAAGUUAGUUUUCUAAAAUAUACAAUUUUGCUGCCAGAAAUCCGACAAAAACUUGUUGUCUAACUCCUAUAUAACAGGAAUUAAAGCAUAUAAAAAGAAAAACAUUUUUUGUUGAAAAAAAAACGAUAUGCAUAUUUAAAAGAAAUGCAAGUUGAACUGAUCACUAAAUCUAGAUAAUAUGAGUCCCUGGCUGGCACAGGUUUUUAGUAUUUAUUUCUAUAAAGUCUCACAAUGUUAAUUUUGUCAGCCGUGAGAGUUAUCUAACGACAUUGACAAUUAGUGAGUCGGAUGCUGGCCUAUAUUAUUUAAGGAGAGUAAUCGAAAGGUGUGAACCCCAACCCAAUAAGUUGUUGUGUUAAGUUAUUGUUAAAAUGCCAUUAUAAUCAUGCAUUUAUGAUUUCAUCAUGAUCUUAUUUAUAUUCGUGUCCGUCUCUAUAGUAAACGCAUUUUGCGAAUAAUGCAUCGCGAAGGAUCGAUCUCCCAUACCAAGUUGGCUUGCCAGAGUAUAUACGCGGUUGUUAAAAAAUAAAUGCAUUCCCGUUGCCACGGAGGUUUUGGGUUUAUACUGAGCAACUUUUACUAUGGGACUAACCACGAAAUCGCGAAAAAAAAUUUGGCUGUUUCAUACAUUUUGGCUGGUCCAUUUUGUAUGGGAGGGUACCCUUUCUGAACUCUGGAAACUAGUUAGAAUGCUGAACGGCAAAAAACCUAGGCCCUAAACUUGAAAGAUUUUGAAGUUUUUAGGACCUGGGUUCGCACUUUCUCUCCUAUUAACUGCCUUUGCACCGGCAGGGCAAAGGGAGUUAAUAUUUAAUACCUACUAUGGGAAUAAAAAUUAUCCUAUAAGUAAUAGUACAUUAUUCGUGGUUGGUCCCAUAGUAAAAGUUGCUCAGUAUAAUCCCAAAACCUCCCUGGCACCGGGAAUGCAUUUAUUUUUUUGUCACCCUGUUUACAUCACGAGCGUUCACAAAGGGUUUUCAAACAAGCUUGAAAAAUGUAGAUGUUAAUAGGCUUUGGACGGACACAUAAUAUUAUGCUUACAUAAGUUAUAAAUAUGUAUUAAGUUUGUUAAGGAAAAAUGUUUUUUUCAUCGCUUAUUGACUCUAUUGAAAAGUAGUUUUUUUACGUUUGUGCAUAUUUUAACCAAUGACAUAAGUUUUUACCAAGUCAAUCUAUAACCGUGUUAUAUUUGAAUCAUUUUUGAGAAGGAAUUUGAUAUUGUAAAUAUUUUUUUUUUCAUAAUAUAGACGUACGGAAACACAAUUAGUUUUGUUGUGGAGGAAGCAAUAUGGCAGAAUGAGUGAUCUAAAUAAAUAAUUUGGUAUUGA